UUAAAAGAUUUCCAACCCUUGAUCGCACAAGCAAAAGAAUUAAUUCGUUUUAUUAAAUUUACCACGUUAAUUAGAGUAAAAAUGCGAUUUAUAUAUUAAAAAAUGGAUAAGAAACCGAUAGUGAAUAAGACAAUCAAAACGAUUGUCCCAAUAAAAGGAAAUUUACUCGAGAAAAUCAAAAAUAAGUUAAAACAUAAUGGCUCAAAUUCAGCGACUUCUGAGACACAACAACUGGUUCCCCAAAAGUCAAUUGAUGCAAUAAACAACAAUAAGCAAGAUCCAGUGAAAAUCCAGAAGCUCGUUGUGAAUAAACGAACAUCAAAAAUUGAGAUCCAAAAGAUUGAAAAGGUGAAUUUAGAGAUUAAUGAUUUAAUUAAGGCAACACAAAGUGAACCAGUCAAGACUGGAUUACAUACGAAAAUAAGAGAAGCAUCACCAAAACCAAUAAAUAGAUCACCAUUAAGAAUUAUUGAAGAUGAAAUUCCAGAAUUGCCUGAAAUUGAAGCUUGUUUCACAAUGCCUGCCAUUAGAGAAAGUGACAUUAUAGUCCAGGAACUUAUUCUAAACGAUCAUCCAUGCUCAUCAAAGUCAAUGUGCUUAAAUUUCCAACCAAAAAGCACUGAAGAUAAAAAAGAAGAAAAAUCUUUAGAAAAUGUGAGUAAAGAUGAUGAAAUGAUCAAUAAUAUGUCGGAAGAAGAAGAUGAGGGAGAAUUAAUGGAUAUAGGAGAUGCAGCAUGGUUACAUGACAUCAAUGUUAUGAUUGGCAAGCCUCGAAUACAAGAGAUUGACCAAAGUUUGAAGAAAAUUCCAACAACAGUAACCGGCAAUAGAAUACAGACAGAAAAUGUGGAACUUAAACUCAUUAUAAACCACUUGCUUGGCAAAUUAAAAGCAAAAUCAGUCAUUGAGACGGUACAAGAGUCCUCGUCAUCGUUUUUCAAUAAUGUUAAAGAUUCAGAAGUAGAAUACUCGGAUAGUUUUGAUGACAUGCCAACCGAUUUCGAUGAUGAGCCGAGUGAUGUAGACAGCACCAAGCAGACAGAAGUUUCAACAGUAAAAACUGAAAUAUCAGUUGAUCAGAACUCGUUUUCAGUACCUGUAGAAAAUAGUGUAGCAAUUAUAACUAUUCCAACAAUCAGUGAAAUCUAUGUAAAGCCAUCCACAACAAUUGAGGCAGUGAAAAAUGAAGUAAAAAGUAGUGUUGAAAUUAAUGUUCCAGUUGUAGUUGAAGAAACUGCAAAUAUCAAUAUACAGCCAACAAAGAAGCGUAGAGGACGACAGCCAAUAGCCGCAUCAACAGCUAAAAAAACGAAAUUGUCUCCAACAAAAAGUAUAAAGGAAGAAUCAAGUCCACGUAGAUACAAUCUAAGAAUUUCAUCGUCGCGAGAAUCUAGUGUAGAAUCAAAUAAAGAUGCAAGCAUAACAAAAUCAGUGACAUUGCCAGUACGCAGAGAUUCAUUAGUAACACGACGAAAUUCAACGAUGCGUGAAAAUGUGGUGAAACCAAUUGUCGAAAAGGAUGCAGAAACAAAAAUUAAAGCUACAAAUAAAAAGGUAACUAGAGUCCAAGAACUUAAAGGUAAUAAAAAAGAAUCUAGUGCAAUGUUAAAACGAUCUGUGACAUCGUCAGAGUCGUCAUUAUCAUCGGACAGUGAAAUUGAAAAGAAAGGAAGAAGCAGACCACAACGAAAGGCAAAAAUUCAAAAAGAAUCAUCGCAAAAGAUUACAAAUUUUUUCAAGGCAGAAUCUGUCAUAGUCACAGAAACAAUUGAUGCUACUUCGAAUAUUAAAAAAUCAUCUAGUGAAAAUUCAUCGAAUGAAAAGUCGCCAAUUAAUGGACGUAGAAUGUCCAAAACUUAUUUAAAACGUAAGAUUUUAUAUGACAGUGAUACCGACUCUGAUAGUGCACCUCUUGUGAAUUAUAAUAAGCAAAGUGAAUUGAAAUCAGUCACAUCGAAUGAUUUCAAUCCACAAAUACAGUCUUCUAUACUCGAACGAUAUGAUUACCUUAAUAAACCUUCAUCAUCCUUCGCAGAUCAACCAAAAAACGAAAAGAAUGUGAUAUCCAGCCAUCAAAUUUGUGCCGAUUUAAAAGAUAUUGUGGAUAAGAGUAAAGAUUUGGAUCCAACUUAUUUGAAGCCACCAGAUACUACUAAACGACCAUAUCUUAAGACAUCUGCAUUUAAAGGUAAUCAUAUUAAUUCUGACGACUCUUCUAAUCACACAGAUUCAAGCACUAAACAGCUGUCAGUUUCUUGUGAUGAUUCAUCUAUCAUUAAUAACGCUAAUGAUACUGAUAUUAAGAAAAAUGGGCUUCAAAAUGCCAACAAUUUAGGAAUUAAGGAUAGAAUGAAAGAAUUAAUUAAGAAACAAAAAGAAAAAAUUAAUUCCGUUCCUAAAUCGAAUGAAGUUUCUAUUACUAUAGAUCCAGUUUCAUCGCAAAAUAUUAUUAAAGAGGAAAUAAGUAAUAAACAAAUUAAGAAGAAAAAACCAGAGUCGGAAAAUAAAAUAAAUAUCAAUCAGAGAGGACCUAGACGAAAAGUUGAUGUAGACGAAACAAUUAGGAAAAUUUUCGAGCAGGAAGAAUUAGAAAAACCAAUUGAAAAAUUAGUUUGUUAUAAGGAAAUUCUGGAAGCAAUUCGUAUAACAGAUCCAUCAAGAAAGAAUGGCAGAGCAUCGAGUGCAAUUAAACCUUUAGAAUUGGCUAAAAAACGUGAAUUAGAGAAACAACUUGAAUGUUUAAAACAUUUUAAAUGCGGUAAUUGUAAUAAUCUAGUCACCAAACAUAAAUGGAAGGAGCAUCUUAUAGAUCAUGGCGGCAUGGCAUGGAUUGAAACAUUUGAAUCACCUAUUGAUAUUAAGGACUGGAAUGAAUCAGUUCGUAGAUUAAAUAAUUAUAUGAGAAUAUACAAAUUAGAAAGUUUUCGAUGUCCAAAUUGUGGAUAUGACAAGAAAUCGGCAUUAGGACAUUUAUCACACAUUUAUAUUUGUGGAGAGAGUGAAGAGACAAUAGAAGAUCGUAAAUAUGCAUGUGAAUUUUGUAGUGAAAAAGUCUUGCCUUAUAACAUGUCAUGGCACAAACGGAAAUGUACAGUAAUUAAUAAUAAAGUUAAAACAAAUGCUGAUGAUGGAGACGACGAGGAAGAGCAUGAUGAUGAAAAUAGUAGAAGCUCAUCGACGCAAGACGGUGGACGAGCAAAGCGUAAAGCAGGCAAAAAUGCCGUUAGGAAAGUAAAAUCAUUCCUGAAAGAACUUAAUGAAGAUCCAAUGGAUCAGAUAUUGGCAACAGUAAAUGGCCAAUUCAUAUGUAAUCAUUGUGGUGAGAAAUUUGAUGUGAAGGAAAAGGCGAUUGAACAUUUAGAUAAGGCUCAUGCUGAUCAAAAAGAAGGUGUGGAUUUUGAAGCAUCUAGCUCAGAUGCUAGCUUAAAUGAGAAUGAAUCAUCUGAAACUGAGGGCAGUUCAGGUGUUGAAUCUAGUGAUGUACAGUCCGCGAAUGAAGUGGAAGAACCUGAUAAUGAAAUGUCUGAAUCUAUUAAUGUUUCCAAUUCUAAAGGACGCAAAUCAUACAACGAUUCUCAGGAAAUUAAGAACGGACGAAGAGUAAUUGGACCAUAUGCUGAGUCGUAUCAUAGUGUUAGAAUCUCCACCAGAACCAUCAAAUUGACAAAAGAAUUCAUCAAUGAUAAUUUAUGUGAUAUAUUAACUGAAUUUACACCAAAGUACAAAAUUUGUGUAAGCGCCAACUUAGCCUCAUAUUUAAUGGAUUUAAAAAUUGAUACAAAAUCAAUGAAAUUCACUACUAGCCUGAAAGACGACUAUUGUCUUGAGUAUGGAAAAAUCCCCAAUCAAGAAUGGAAUCAACUUGAUUUUGGAAAUUGCCAUGCUGAUAAAAAUUCACUCACAUUAUUUUGUGGUGGCUCAGUAUCAUCAUUAGACUGGUCUCAAUCAAAAGACGGAACAGAUUUUUUAGCUGUUGCAUGUAAUAGCACGAAGGAAAAGAAUACGGAUUUAGAGGAGACAUCAAAAACAUUCAUUCAAGUCUAUCAGUUCGAAAACCUAGUCAAUGAAAAAUUCACAUCAUUCACAAACACAUCAAAGUUCCUGUACUUCUUCACAAUAACAGAAGGACCUGUUUGGUCGAUAAAGUUUCAUCCAUUCGUCGUACCAAAUAAUGAGCGAAUUGGUUUAUUGGCUGUGACAUCAUCAAACCAUCACAUUUAUGUUUAUUCACUUCCGUACUUGAAAAAUGAUACAGACAGUCCUAAAAUUAUUUCAUUAGAGCCUGCAUUUACAUGCAAGACAGUCAAUGAUGUUUGGUUGUUCCAAGAUAAAUAUUUAAUGCAAGCAACAGUCGUUAACUGGUUUUAUCGAAAAGACUGUGACAUGCAAUUAUUAGGAGCUGGAUUUAUCAAUGGAAUGCUAUCAAUUUGGAAUUUUAGAGAUGUAGAAAAAUCUGAGCAUCAAGACGCCAUAAUUUUGUUUCCAUACAUGUCAUUUCAACCUCAUCGCGAGUCUGUUACAGCAUUAGACUUUAAGUAUACGUUAGGAUCAGAUAUUCAUCUAUUAACGACAUCAUUCGAUCGUGAUGUAAAGAUUUUCAUGCUUGAAAAUACAAAUUUCCAAGAAAUUUCAUCAAAUUACUCAACAUCGAGGAUCUUGUGUGCUGAAUGGUGGCAAAAUUGGCCAGGAUUUGUAACUGGAAAUGAUAAUUGCUAUUCACAUGGGAAUUUAGUUCAUCGACAACCUUUAGAAUUUGGUUCACGCCAUAACUACCUCUUCUAUUGCGUUUCGUCCGUAACCACAUUGAGUGUCAAUAAUUGGCUUAAUGUUGCUGUCUUUACAACUGAUUCUGGAGAUGUACUAAUGUCAAAUCCAUCGCAACUGAUGUCAUGUCACCCAAAAGACAGAUGGAUGUAUUUCGGCAAUAAUGUACUUUCAUACACGGACAUUGUCGAUUUGAAGCCAAAUAGCAAUAAAGAUGAGCAUGGAAUCGUAUUUUGUGAUUUAAAGGCAAGACUACCAAAGCGUCCGAAAGAAUUUCGCAGUCCUCCAUCAGACAACAUCAAUCAGCUGCAAAUAAAUCAAAUUUCGUUCAAUCGCAGUGAGAUGAGUUAUCGCUUUUAUGCAUUGGCAUACGAAACUGGUUUCGUACGAAUCAAGCAUUUAAAGAAUUCCAAAUAGUUUUCUCCUGCACUUUCAACAAUACCAAAAUUUAUUGAUUUUCAGUUACUGCUCUUCUCGCUCUCCCGUUUUGAGUCUCAUUACAUUCACAAAUUUUUUUAACAUUAAUAUUUAACGCUACUACAUAUGAAGAAAGCUAUGUGCUAUGUAGCUAGCCACACACAAUCUUGUUUAAUUCAUUCAGAAAAGAAAAACCUACAUUCACUCUAAGAGAAUUGGUAGGAUGAGUUUGAAUGUUAGGUACUUGUUAUUAGUUAAGAUGUUUUUUUUUGGUAUUAUUAAUUAAUUUUUAAACAUUUUAAUAUAGUAUGGAUUAUUGAAGAAUUCAAUGCAAUAAACGAUUAAUGAAAAAGUAUUUUUU